AUGCUCUGGCGCUGGUGGAGCAUUUGGUUGUACUCUGCAGCUGUGCUGGCAGACGACAAUUGUUCAACAGCAGCAUCCCUGAACGAGUCCAGGGUGGAGUUGGAUGUGCAGAACCUCACGGACUCGCUGGACGCAAACGAGUCCAGUGUGAUUAACGAAGAAAAAUCCUACUUCCUGACCUUUGAAGAGUGGAAAAAGAAGAAAGUCGACGAGUCGCAGAUCACCAAAAAGAGACCAGAUCAGGAGUCGAGCAGCGAGCUGGAAGGUUCCAUUGGCGAGGAGAUGGAGAUCGAAAUCUCAAUGUUUGCAGGUCCUGAGCCAAAAGAAGAUACAGGAAAGGUGUACAACGAGAAAUUCAAUUUUGCCUCGUUCGACUGCGCGGCGACGAUUGUUAAAACGAAUACGGAGGCAAAGGGCGCAAACGCCAUCCUCAACGAAAACAAAGACUCUUAUUUGUUGAACGAGUGCAAGGCGAAAAACAAGUACGUAAUCAUCGAGCUGUGUGAGGAUAUUCUGGUGGAGGAGGUGCUGCUGGGCAACUACGAGUUUUUCUCGUCUAUGUUCAAGGACGUUCGGUUUUCCGUGAGCGACCGAUACCCGGCUGCUACAUGGCAGUCGUUGGGAGAGUUCAGAGCCGAGAACAUACGUAAAUUGCAGAUGUUCAAGGUGGAAAAUCCAUUGAUCUGGGCCAAGUUUUUGAAGAUUGAGGUCCUCUCAUACUAUGGUGACGAGUUCUACUGUCCGAUUUCUUCUGUGCAAGUCCACGGCAAGACAAUGAUAGAACAGCUCAAAGAGGAAGAUAAGGCAGAGGUCCAGAAGAACGAAAUCGAAAGGGAAAAGCCAGAGGUGGUUUCUGCCGCUUUUUACGAAACGCCGUCUUUUAACCUUUCUCUGAACGAGAUUGUUUUUUCGCUGAAUGGCUCCACGGACGAUGAUAAUUGCAAAAUCACGCCGUAUUUGGGGCUGGACAGAUUUCUCAAGGAACAUCAGCAGGAGCUGUGCGAGGCGGGCGACUCGCCGUCAGAAACAAGGCCCAAGACCACACAAACCACAGGAACACAGGAAUCAAUCUACAAGAACAUCAUCAAGAGAAUCUCGCUGCUGGAGUCCAACGCAACGCUCUCUCUGCUAUACAUCGAGGAACAGUCCAAAAUCCUGGCGAAUGCAUUCGAAAACCUGGAAAACCGUCAAAACAAAAAAUUUGGCACGCUCAUAGACCAUCUGAACCAGACAAUCCUGAACCAGAUCGGCAACUUCCGGCUGCUGAACACCGAACUGGCAUUCAAUUUCGAAAAUCUCUUUAAUUAUCAAAAUAGCAAGUUCCAGCACAUGCUUCUCGAGACAGACUCCAAAUUUGCCAGAUUCGCAGACUCACUCAGCUUCCAGAAGAAAUUGAACUACCUCAAUCUCAGCAUAAUCAUCCUGCUUCUCGUUUACAUCAUUAUAACCAGAGAUACCUACAUCGAGCCGGAAUUCAUAGCUUCUCCAUACAAUGCAGGCCCAUCGUAUAACUCACCGUCUCAGUCUCCAGCGCACUCGCCCACGAUUCCGGUGCGCAAACGCAGGAAUUUUGUGGACAGGUUUGUGUUUGGCUCGCGAUCCGUCUCUCCUCCAGAAUUCAAGAACUACUAUUACUCAGAACAUGAGCAACUGGAGGAAAAAGAAGUGAAAAAGGAAAAACAGCCAGAGAAAAAUGAGUCGGACGAUUCGUCGAUCGUGAUCACCGACGUGAAGAUUGAAAAGAACUCGAGCGGUCUAUAGUGUCAGAAUAUCAUGUGCCAUUAUAUUUGUGCAGUUAUUGAGGGGUGUUAAGAAUCGGCGACGAAUCUGGGUAUCUCGGCAUGCCGGCAGUUUGGUAAUACAUCUUUCGUUGAGCCAGCUCUUCGUAAGAGGAAUCACACGUCGUUUGCGACGAAACGGAACUGAACGAAGAGAACUUGGAGGGCGAGUUGAAUGGAGAUGAGGUCGACUUGUUGAGAGUUGGAGAAUGGUAUAUUUGCGCAAAUUGAGCAUGUGGCCGAGGCAGCUGCGUCAGCUCUGGGUAAUGCUCAAGGUUGAGCAACAAGUUCGAGAGCUCGUCUGCUGUUGCUGGAGAUAGGUUUUCGAUGUCGUCCAGUUCCUUGCUGUGUUGUAGAUGUUCAAGGUGAUUUUCGGUGAUAAAGUUUUGGAUCACUGUGAUCACCCCGAGUUGCGAGUACUUCUCGAUCAAAACUUCUGCAGGGUUAAGAAGCGAUUUAAGAAGCAUGAGCGAGAGCUGGCGGAGCUGAGAGAUUGUUUCCAGUCCUUCGAAUCCGUUGAUGAAUGGACCGUAUGCGUUGUUGAUGCUUUCCGUGGACCGGAAGUGAUCCAUGUCUGCAUCCUGAAUAUCACUCGUUUCGUCGUUAAAAUAUUUGAAGCUCUUGGAUGGAGUCACGGGCGUCGGAAGCUGAUGCUUGGACUUAGUACGAUAUUUGCUGUUGUAGUAGUGAACAUAGACAGACUCGAGCCAACUGGAACCCGUCUCGAGCUUGAGCAUCGAGCAUGCCAUCAAGUGCGCAGCAAUGCCUAUCAUGGACGUCUUGUAGUUGAGGUAGUUGCGUUCGUACAGCGACAGCUCGCAAAGAUAUCUGCUGAUGGCCAAGAUGGCACUCACGGUUGGCGAGUUUGACUUGUACUGGUCUAGCGGCUUGGCGAGGGUUUCUUUCCCGUCGUGGUCACAGAAUUUGAUGGACAACUGGAGGAUGUCCUCGAGCGAGGUGUGGCCAAUCGACCAGCCCAGCGUACUAAGAAUGUGGAUCUCCAUCUCCUUGAACAUACUUUCGUCGUAGACGUUGGAGCACAUGAGACUCAAUUCAGACACGGUAGGCACCCUGGACUUCUUGUCCUCGUACUUGGCCGCGAUCCAAAGCGCCGUGCAUCCGAUCAGCUGGUAAUGUUGCCUGAACGCAAUGCGUUUGGCGCAGUAUCUGUCUAUUAUGUUCCAGCACAGGAACAGCGUUUGUGGCUUCAGCUUGAGCGACGCAUGCAUUUGUAUUAUGAAGUUGACCAGGUACGGUCUCAUGAACCAUUUCACCUCUGGCUGGAGGUCAAUCAUGGCCGCACUGGCCUGGGAGCUGUUUUCAAGAGUCUGCAAAUGAGCACUGAUACUUGCGAGGUACUCGUUAGCCACAACUCUGUUUCUGCGGUUCUCAAUUGCCUCGAGUGUCGAGGGAUAUUGUGGGGCAUGGGUUCUUCUUGGUGGGCCAUAUGUUUUCUGUCGCAUAUUGGAUGGUGAGUAUCGCUUCUGGAUACAAGGUCCUCUUAUAGAUCAGGCCUGCUGAACAGUGAUUUAAAAAACGAUCUUCAAAUGUGAUCUAUCUGGUUUCAAACCUUCAAUGCUGAUUCGAAGCGUGUUCAAUUGCUAAAUGCGCUGUGUAGCAUGUAUAUCAAACUUCUUCUGGAACUAGCUUAGAAUUGAGCCAAAGGUC